UGACAGUAAAUUGAACUGCAUUGAGUUGAAUUGAAAACGUAUUCAAUAUUUUUGAUACAAAUGCAUUUAUAUGGGUCAGGCAUGUGAGGAUGAGGGGGGGGGGGGGCUACGGGUGGCAGAAUAUCGACCCUUUUUUGCCGAGUAACUGAAAGUGUCCAACUUUUUGAGGUACUGAAGUACCUCCCCCCCCCAGUUCAAACAUCAGUUUUUGCACAGCACAGAUCUGAGUGAAUGGCUGGUAGAUCACGCUGACCUUGUCUAUGUUUUUAUCCUGGUGCAUAGUAUUGAUUUAUUGCGGUCUAAUCCUACAGUCGCAGGACCUGCGCGGAGGAUGCAUGAGGAGAGGGCGGCCCACAGGCCGCCGAGCCCCUGUGCCCUGGAGCAGAACGGAAGUGCGUGUACGGGUCAGGCUAACGGGCACGCGCUCUGGGCUAACGGCACUCAGUACAAAGUCAACGGAAAUGUAGCAGAGUGGCGCCAGACGCGGGCCUGUGCGGCGAGCGACACCACGGGCAGCGACAUCAGGCGGGGGGUGGCGUCCAAGGUCCUGGUGACGGGGGGGGCCGGCUAUUUCGGCCACAGGUUGGGUCGGGCCCUAGCUGAAGCCGGACACUCGGUCAUCCUGCUGGACAUUGUCCGACCGCGCUGGGACACCCCCGAAGGCGUCGCUUUCCACCAGGGGGACGUACGGGACUUUGAUUCUCUGAUGGAAGUGUGCCAGGCUGUUGACUGCAUCUUCCACGUGGCGUCCUAUGGAAUGUCGGGACCUGAGCAGCUGAAGAAAGAGCAAAUUGAGUCUAUCAAUGUUGGCGGGACAAGCAAUGUCAUCAAGGCUUGCUUGGAGCGGGGAGUCUCCAGGCUGGUGUACACCAGCACAGUGAAUGUAGCCUUUGCUGGACUGCCAAUAGAGGAGGGCGAUGAAGACUCUGUGCCGUAUGUACCUUUGGACAUGCACAUAGACCACUACUCCCGAACCAAGGCAAUCGCCGAGGCCAUGGUGCUGGAAGCCAAUGGCCAUCCUCUGAAAGGUGGGGGCUGCCUGCAGGCUUGUGUGCUGCGACCCUCAGGAAUCUAUGGCCCUGAGGAGAGGAGGCAUCUUCACCGGGUGAUGGUGAACGUGGAAAGGCGGCUCUUCAGCUUCAGCUUUGGGAACCAGGAGGCGCGGAUCAACUGGGUGCACGUGGACAACUUGGUCAUGGCCCACGUCCUGGCUGCCGACGGCCUGACGCCCAGCAAGGGCUACGUGGCGAGUGGACAGGCCUACUUCAUCAAUGAUGGCGAGGCGGUGAACCUGUUUGAAUGGUUCACACCCCUGUUUGAGAAGCUGGGUCACAGUCGCCCGUCGAUUCAUCUCCCUGUCUUCUUGGUCUAUUCUGCAGCCGUCCUGAUGGAGUGCCUACACGUGGCCAUGAGGCCUGUGGUCGAGAUCCCACUUCUCUUCACAAGAAACGAGGUCAGGAACAUAGCUGUCACCCACACUUUCAGAAUCGAGAAAGCACGGCGGGAACUGGGCUUCAACCCCCGCAAGUACAAGCUGGCUGAUUCAGUGGACCAGUACCUGCAAGCCUGUCCUGUGCGACCAAACCCACAGCUGACCAACGCAUACAGCGCGCUGCUGAUUCUGCUGCUCUCCCUGGCAGCUCUGCUCAUAUACUGCUGGCAAUGUUGCUAGCCACGCCCACACCUACCUCUGGCCACACCCACCUCUGGCCACACCCAUAAUGUAUCACUGACACAUUGCUGGUCCAGUCAUGACAUUAAAGUCACAUGGCACCAGUCACAUGACAUGCCUUGGUGACAGAUGUGUCCCAUCCUCAGCAGCAUCAUCCCCUUCUCUGCUCACACUCUCAUCCUGUGCUUCUUCUCUUUCUGCAUUUCACUUCCAGAAGCUACAUGAUGUCAUACAUUUUAUAAACUCAGGACACUGAACUGCCUCUAACACAGCUUUGUCUUUAUAGCUACAUUGUAUUAUAUUUGUACGUAUAUUUUAAUGCCACUGGGCCUGAAUAUUUCCACUGCAGUCCAAACUGCUUGUGCACAAAAGGAAUCUUUACAAGUUUUUCUUUUCUUGUAAAAUUAGACACAACAUAAUAUAAACUAGGAUGAAGGGAAACUGAUGGAUUUCCUCUGAGUGCAUACAGUUUUAUAUGUAUGAAUAUGCAUUUAAAAAGCUAGGUUUCAUACGAAUAUUAUUUUGUAACAUUUUUGAUAUUAUGCAUCGUUGUUUCUUUGUAGCCAUCGCAUUGCUGUAUGAACUGAGAAUUUGAAUCAUUUUCAGUGACAGCAGUUAAUUAAUGGGAAUCAGAUAUUCUAAGACACAUUAAACCUGCCUGGGUUGUUUUGGUACUUUGUAGUGAUGCUGAAAAAGUGAAGCGUCUUAAUCAUUUAUCCUGAUGCUUUUUAUUAAUUUAGGCUUCACUUUGUUGUAAGUCAAUCAGUAAUUUAUUUAGAUGUGUAACCUUUGUAAAUGGAAAAUUCUGAU